AUGCCUGAAAACCUUUCCAAUCAACUUUCAAAACUGUUUUAUCCCAUAAACGAACGUGUUGGUGUAUCACUUGGUGUUACGUCUGGUAACCAAAGCAAGCACAAACGUAAACAUUUAGUUUUUACAAUUUCAUUAACAAAACCUACAAGCAUUCAAGUCUAUCUGGUCAAAAUUACGGAUAAAAAUGAAAUUAAAAAGGUUCAAGUAUGCAACGCGAAAAAUCUUAAAAAAAUCGACUGCAGAGAUACUAAGACUCAGCCGAGCUAUGAAUUACAGAUUAUAACAGAAAAUAAGAUAUGGGUAUUUAAUGCUUCCAAAUUAGAAGAAAAACGACAUUUUAUUAGUGCAUUAUGUCGUACAUUGGCAACUUUAUUACCACAUAUUAUUAAUGAUAUAGAAUUAGUGAAUUUUCCGCAAGAUUUAAAUAUUUCACCACUUCAUCAAAAUGAAUCAUUGGAUGUUUUACUUAAUCCUGACUGUAAUGCAACAUCAACCAUUGGCAAUGAUGGUCACAGUGAUCAUGGCGAUGACGAUUCUACUGCUGCUGCUGCUAAUCAACUAGUCGAUACAAACAAAUCGGAACUCACUACCUCCUUAAUCAAUGAUUCAUAUCGUUCAUUAACAAAACGUGAAGAAGAUGAUAUUAAACAAUUUUUAAAUGAAUUAAAUGAUCAAUCCACAUUGUUAAAUGCUGCUCAAUUAACUGAACGUUUACAAGAACAAUUAGCUCAUAUUGAAGGUAUAAAUGUUCAUUCAAUUAUGUCAUCGGAAUCACAAGUCCUUAGUCUGAUGACCACAUUAGAUAGUGCAAUUGAACAAGCUGAAUUAUUAGAGAAACAAAUGAAUGUUUAUUAUAGUUUUUUAGAGGAAGUAGAAGAUGCCAUGUCUACACUACGUGAUCAUGAUCAAUUAAUUCAGACAACAGUUGAAAAUCGUGUAAAUUUAUUGAAUAUUUUAGAAAAACUUGUGGACCAAUUAAAUAUUAAUCCGAAACAUUUACAUUACUUGUUAGAAAGUGAUUUAAAUACUGCAGAUGGUAUAACGCAUUGUAUUGAAGCAGCUCAAUAUUUGGAUCGUUUAUUGAAUACAGAAUUUAAACAAGGUGAAGAUCAUCUUCAAGCGGUAGAUGAACGAAUGGAAGAAUUGAAAAAACUACGUGAUACAUUUGCUAUUAAAUUGUCGGGUUACAUUAAUGACACCAUGUUACGUUAUGCUAGUCAAUUAGGCUUUAUAGUGAAUACUGGGAUUAAUAUGCCUAUAACGGAGACGACAACCACAACCACAACACCAGGCACGACAGCAACAACAACAGCCACAGCAAACAUGUCCACAUUAUCCACCAAUCAGUUAACAGGUAGUGGAGGUGGCGCAAGCAGGAAAACAUCAAUGAUCAUUCCGAAUUCAUUCAAUGUUGCCUCGGAUUUAUAUGCUGUACAACGAACGGAUUUGUUGCAAUUAACACCAUUAAUUGGUCAUUGGUUACAAGCGAAUAGAAAAGAUUUAUAUAUUGGAAUUAAAAGGAUGUAUAUACAAAAAUCACAGAAUUUUUUCAAACGACAAAUACAAGAAGUUAUCAAAUGUACACAAGACUCCAUAGCUAAUCUUGUACGACCGGGAAAAUCUAAAGAAAUUCAACGUUUGGAAAAUAUACCAUCAGAUGUUGGAAGUGUUAUGUCAUUGCAUAAUUUAGAUACAAAUUUGUUAACUCAAGUUGAAUCGGUAAGACAACUGAUUUUUCUAAAAAAUUAUCAUCGUCUAUGUGAUAUUUUAAGACGUUUAAAAAUGUCCGGUUUAGAUGAUUAUCGUCAAGAUGCAAAAAAUCGUUAUACAUUAGCUUUACAAGAAUAUACUAAAACAUGUAUGGGUCGUCCAUUGGAGAAAUUAGCGAGUUUUUUUGAAAAUGUUCAAAGUGCUCUAGACGCUGGUGUACGACCUGAAGUGAUUAGUUAUCAAUUUGUAUUUAGUAAACAAGAAUUAUGCAAGGUGAUUAAAGAAUAUCCUGGGAAAGAGGUGAAACAUGGUUUAGAAAGUUUAUGCAAAAAAGUUGAAAAACAUUUAUCCGAUGAAGAGAAUUUAUUUCUUGUUGUUUGGCGAUCAAUACAAACAGAGUUUAUGACUCAAUGUUUACGUUUCAGCGAUCUGAUUCAACAAUGUUAUCCAGAUUCCGGUGUACAACUCGAAUUCACUAUGGGAGAUUUACAAAAUUAUUUCAGUGAAAUAGCACGUUCACGUUGAUGAAAUUUAGCGCGGUUGUUAGUUUGUUUGUUUUAAUUGAUUGGUUGAUUGAUUGAUUGAUUGAUGAAUUUGAAUUUCGUUUUCCCUACUUUCUACGUACGUACGCACACACACACUCACACUUCCAUGUACAUGUGUUUUGUCUGUAACUUCAAUGCCUUCUCCAGUCGGUCAGCGUACUGUUCAUUCAUUCACUCAGUCACUCACUGAUGCAUACGUACAUUGACGUACUUACUUACUUAGUUAUGCCUGUUACCCCCAAUGGAGCACAAGCCGCUCACCAGUUUUAUCCAACCAACUCUGUCCUGGGCUUCCCUUUCCAUUUCUGUCCAAUGUUUGUUCAUUCCUCUCAUAUCUUUCUCUAUUUCUCGGAGUAAUGUGUUCCUUGGUUUUCCUCUUUUCCUUUGACCUUGAGGGUUCCAUGUAAGGACUUGUCUUGUGAUGCAGUUUGGUGCUUUUCGUAAUGUGUGUGUCCUAUCCACUUCCACCACUCCUUCCUGAUUUCUUCUUCCAAUGGAAUCUGAUUUGACGUACAGAAUUGUUUUUUUCAUGAAAAACGCUUGAUCAAUGGAUGACUGGCUGGCUAGCUGAUUCAAUCUACUGUAACACAGAAUUCGAUUGUACCAUUUCACUUACACACUUCAUGAUUACACAGAGACUUAUCGACACGCACACUUCAUACACACAAACACGGAACUAAAAAAUCGAUUCUAGUUUAUUGUUUCAUUAAAAGGGAAUAAUUUUUCUUUAUUUAAAAAAAAAUUGAUUUUACUUUUUUGGUCUCAAAUUUUUUUUUCAACUGUCUUGUUAUUUAAUCUGACUUUCUGUGUUAUUUUUUAAUGAUUUUUUGUAUAUUUUUUUCGGUAAAAAAUAAUCAUGAAUCAUGAAAUAAGUUUAUACAUUAAUUUGUAUAUGGUUUUACUGUUUCU